GCGGGGGCUCAGACCCCCUUGUUCAUGCCAGGCUGGGGCUGGUACUGACUGGGGCGGGGGAGCCUCUGACUGGAUCAUUAACAGUAGCCAAUCAAAGCCUCCUUGGGAAGGGAAGCGCUUCCUGGAGCCACCGACUUAAAAAACAGACCUUUGUGCUUUAUUAUCUUUUUGGUGUAACACCAUUCACAGCCCUGGCCCCUUCUCCCCCUCCCCUCAGCCUCGGGCGCCCCCGUCCCAGGCCCGCUCCCCGCUGCUGAGCUCUCCGGGGGGGUUGGGUCCCUGGGCCUGUCACUUCCUCGGGGGGGCUCGGGAAGCCCUCCUGCCUGGGCAGGCCCGCUCUCCGGGGGGCAUCACGCAGCCUGCCUGGUCUCAAAAGGGGGAAAGUCUCCUCGUCUUGUGGAGUGGGGGCCCGGAGGAGCAAGCGGGAGGGCAGGAAGGACCCGGACCCCAUUUUACAGAGCAGGAAGUUGAGGCUCAAGGGGGAGGGGCCUUGCCUGAAUCGUGUGCCUCGGAGGUCCCAAAAGUCAGACUUGGCGCCGGCCCCUCCGCUCCCCGGCUGCCCUCUCUGUGGCGCCCCCAGCACCUCCGGUGGAGCUCGUCCUCUCCCCCCAUCUCUCCCCCGUCCUCUCACUAACCACCGUGGAAUUCUGGAACCCCAACAGUCUACCUGACUCCUAAAGGGACAGUUGGUUCUGAAGGUUCCCCUUUGGCUUUAGUGAUCGAGAAAUGGCCAAAAAAUGGGCCCUGGGAGCCCGAAGUUCGCUCAGGCCGCCCGUGUGUGGCUGCAGGCCCGCUGGCGGAACCAUGGGGCCCACCAUGGGCUCGGCGAGCAUCCUGGAUCUCUGCGGCACCAAACUGAUGGAGUUUAUGUGCAAUGUGGAGAACAAGGACAUGGUGUGGCUGCAGGAGAUUAAGGAGGAGGCCUUGAAGAUGUUCUCCAGUGACUUCAGUGUGGAGCCUGAGCUGAUGCCCAAAACGCCAUCGCAGAAGAACCGCCGGAGGAAGAAACGGUUCUCCUCCAUUCAGGAUGAAAACAAGCCCCCGAGCAGGAAAAGGUUGUCGCGACGAGCGAACCGCAGGAGCAGUCAGCUCGGCCGGCAGCUCCUGCGCAGCAAAGACCGGCUGGAGAAGCUGGUCCUGGUGGUGGCCGAGAACGGCUCCAUCCCUCGGGGGGCUCGCGGCCAACCUGUGGGCGCCCCCUCCCUGCCCGAGUCCCCCACGUGGCUCCCCAAGAAGUCCACGACCCUGCCGGCCGUCGGGGGGCUCGUGCCCGUGGUGGAGAUCGGCAUCAGCGAGCAGCGCAGCGCUGAGAAGUGCCUGGAGGCCAGCAAGGCCCGGACGGCCGAGCAGAAGCUCUCCUUCGGCGGCUCGGGCUGCGAGGACGAAUUGGUGCCGAGUAAGCAGGCGGGGGGCGUGCUCGAGGCCGCCCCCGGGACCUCUUUGGCGGCGCCCGCUGAGGGGCCGCAGGGGAAGGCCGCCAGGCCAGCUCGCUCUGUGGCCAAGCUCCGGAUAGCGCGGCUGGCCUCUCCCAAGGAGGCGGUGACUGAGCCAGAUGGGGCCCCCCCCAGUGUGGUGGCGCAGCCCCAGCCAGAGCCCGCCGUCGAGGACUUGCCCGAGAGCCCGCGGACCCCGACGGGCUCCCGCUCUGACCGGCGCUCGGUGCGCAGGAGCCUGGUGCGCAAAUCCUCCCAGGCCCACAGGGUCUCCCUGAUCCAUAAGUACUCCAUGGUCCCCAAGAGGAUCAGCUCGAGGCGGCGCUCCUCCCGGAAGCAGGCCCAGGAACCCGCCACCGGCCGCAUCAUCUGUCACAGCUACCUGGAGAGACUCCUGGACGUGGAAAUACCCGGGAAAGCCAGCUCCGAAGAGGAGGCGGAGGGUGCUACAGAAACCGACCCAGAGGUGGUUGAGAGCACCAGGAGGACGCUGCGCCCUCGGAAUGCCAACAAGAUUGCCAUCAGCACCCCAAAGGCCCAGCCGGAGUCUGGGGGCCAAGCGGCUGGUGACAGCGAGAACAAGACGGGCGGAAGCGAGGAGCCACGGGAGGAGCCGCAGGAGGAGCUGCGGGAGCCGCCACAGAGUGUCAGGCGGAAGAGGAGCUACAAGCAGGCGGUCAGCGAGCUGGACGAGAACGGGGACCACGGGGACGAUGAGGCGCUCACCCCCCCUCGAAACAAGACUCCCUCCCCCGUCUGUCCGCCCAGCAAGGUGGUGCGACCCCUGCGGACCUUCCUGCACACGGUCCAGAAGAACCAGAUGCUCAUGACCCCGACCUCCGCCAGCCGCUCCAGCGUCAUGAAGUCAUUCAUCAAGCGCAACACUCCGCUCCACAUGGACGCCAAGGGCAGUUUUGUUGAGAAGGAGCGGCAGCGGCUGGAAAACCUGAAGAAGAAGGAGGAGGCGGAGCUGCUGAGGAAGCAGAAGGUGGAGGAGGACAAGCGGAGGCGCCUGGAGGAGGUGAAGAUGAAGCGGGAAGAGCGUCUCCGCAAGGUCCUGCAGGCCCGCGAGCGUGCAGAACAACUGGAAGUGGAGAAGAAAAAGCGCAUCGAGCAGAAGCUGGCGCAGCUGGAGAAGAACGAGAAGGCCAAGGAGGAGCGCCUGGCUGAGGAGAAGGCCCGCAAGAAGGCCGCGGCCAAGAAGCUGGAGGAGGCCGAGGCCAGGCGGAAGCAGGAGGAAGAGGCCAGGAGGCAGAAGAGGCUCCAGGAGGAGGAAGAGCGGAGGUUCCAGGAGCAGCUGCAGAAGAAGAAGGAGGAGGAGCAAGAGCGGCUGCGGAAGCUGGCCGAGGCCCGCAGGAUCAUGGAGCAGCAGAAGCAGCGGGAGCAGCAGCUGGCCCUGGAGAGGGAGAUGGAGAGAAAGCGGGAGCAGGAGAGGCUGCAGGCCGAGAGGGAGCGACAGGAGAGGGAGAAAGCCCUGCGGCUGCAGAAGGAGCGCUCCCAGAGGGAGCUGGAGGAGAAGCGCAAGCGGGAGGAGCGGCAGCGCCAAGAGCAGGAGCGGCAGCGCCAAGAGCAGGAGCGGAAGAGGCUCCAGGAGGAGCAGGAGAAGAAGGCCAAGGAGGCGGCCGCCGCCGCUGCUGCUGCCACCUCUGCUGCUGCUGCCACCCCCGCCAUGGGCACCGGAAGCAAGUUCCUGAACGUAACCAUGGACGUGCAGUCCCCAGUUUGCAACUCGUAUGAAAUGACCCCCCAAGGCCCCAAGGGGGGCCCCAAGAUCAACCCGGACAACUAUGGCAUGGAUCUGAACAGUGAUGACUCCACCGACGACGAGACCCAGCCCCGAAAGCCCAUUCCUGCCUGGGCCAACGGGACCCAGCUCAGCCAGGCCGUGAUCCGGCAGUACUACCAGCCCCCCGACCUGGACCAGCUCUUCGGGACCAUCCUGAGCCCCAGGUUGGAGGACAUCUUCAACAAGAGCAAGCCCCGCUACCACAAGCGCACCAGCUCGGCCGUCUGGCACUCGCCGCCGCUGCCGGGCUCCCGGCCCUUUGUGGGCCUGCCCUACGGCCUGAAGAAGCCCUGAGGGGGCGGGGAGCCCGGCUGCCGAGCACGGAUGGGACUGUACAUGUGUUUUCUUUAAGAAUCGAGGGGUUUUUUAGUGUAGACAGGUGAAGGCGAGCCCGGAGCCGGAGGCCUUUCUGGAGCCGGGCCAGAGGCCGCAGCGGGAGCCAGGCCGGGGGCGGCAGAGACUGAGACCCCGCGAAGCGGGGGGCGGGCUCCGAGGGGGCCACGCUGCGAGCAGCGGCCCCCAUUGUACAUAAUGUUAGGGAGCUAGUUGGAAGCUUUUUAAGAGUAGCUUAAUAAAAUGUAUUUCCUGGGACGU